AUGGCCGCCAACUACUGGGACUCGACGCAGCGGCGCCACUGGCAAUUCACAAAGACGCAGCUGGCCUCGAUGCGCCAGAAACUCGAGGACGAUGACCCGAGCCUCGUGCAGAUGUUCCCGCUGCCCCAGCUGAGACAUCUCAACAUCUGGUUCAACCAGCAGAUCAACAGGCUCGCCAAACGUCUUGGUGUCCGGCAGCAGCCAACGGCCACGGCCCAGGUCUACAUGAAGCGGUUCUACACCAAGGUCGAGAUCCGGCGGACGAAUCCAUAUCUUCUCAUGGCCACGGCACUGUAUCUGGCCUGUAAGAUGGAGGAGACGCCACAGCAUAUUCGACUGGUUAUAGGAGAAGCUAGAUCGUUAUGGCCUGAGUUCCACUGCCUCGACACCUCCAAGCUCGGCGAGUGCGAGUUCUUCCUCAUCUCCGAGAUGAGCUCCCACCUCAUCAUCCACUCGCCCUACCGCACCCUCGGCGCCCUGCAGGGCGACCUCUCCCUGUCCCAGGACGAGAUCUCGCUGGCCUGGUCCGUCAUCAACGACCACUACAUGACCGACCUGCCCCUGCUCUACCCCCCGCACACCGUCGCCCUCACGGCCAUCCUCCUGGCCCUCGUCCUCCGCCCGGGCGUUCCCGGCGGCAGCAGCGGGGCCCAGGGAGGCGGCAACAGCGGCAGCCAAGGCAGCAUGGGCCUCUCGGCAGCCAGCGCGGCGCUCGCGCAGGCCCAGGCCAGAGCAGCCCUCCAGGGCGGCGGCAUCUUGGGCGGCGGCGGUGGUGGUGGCAACGGAGGAGGGUCGGGCUCGACCACGCCCACGGGGUCGCAGUCGCUGAGCUCGCCGACGGGCGACGGCAGCGCCAAGGACAGCCGCAGUAAGGUGCAGCGCUUCGCCAUCUGGCUGGCGGAGAGCAACGUCGACGUCGAGGCCAUGGUCGACUGCACGCAGGAGCUCAUUGCCUUUUACGAGUGCCACGAGCAGUACAACGACAAGAACACGAGGGAGCAGAUCAACCGGUUCAUCAAGGCGAGGGGUCUUGACAAGUGA